CUAGCGACGUGCCCACAUCUGCGCAGAGCUAAACGCGAGGUACUGUUGUAAUGUUAUACCAAUACACAUAACCAAACGGUACUGUGAAGAGAUUUUGGAAAACUGUCGGUAAUUAAAGGGUUAACGAAAGCUUCAGGAAGCCCCUGUCCCUUCAUUGCGUUUGCGGCUGUAUUUCUGCUUUGUGUUAUUUCAGAAAUUUUACGUGGCUUUUGAUUUGUUCUGUACGGGAAGUGCUUUACAGGUCAUUAUUCCAAACCCGAUGUAAACUUUCCCUUCACGUGUCUGAUGGAAACAAGUCAACUGCCUGGCACUAUCUGGAGGACUUAUAACAUUGUUUUGUCAGUUAAUAGGAAUAUGGUUUAAGGCAAAUUCCAAUGGAAACUGUAUUGCCUCUGACAAAGAUGGAGUGUCUCCUUAAUAUAAAAGAAGAACCAGAACAAGACUAUACUUCAAGCAGUUAUCAAACACCAAUGGAAUUAUCACUUUCCCUGCCAAAGAUGGAUGAGAACCUUACUGUUGUAAAAAAAGAAGAACCAGAACAGCAAGCAGCUGGCCCAAACAUUCCUAAGUCUGAGUACGAGUUAAGCUAUGUAUCAAAAUGCAGAAUACACAAAAGUUUCUCUCGACAGAAGAGUCUGAAAUGUGUAACAUGUAAAAAUAAAUUUACAGACUGUUGGGCUUUAUAUAAGCACAGGAUCCUGGUUCACAGGCCAUUUCGAAAGCCAGAUGGUCCCUUUAAGGUUAUGAAUUCUACAGAUGCAGUUAAGUUUCAACAUAUAAAUAGUCUGUUUGAUGAGCAUCAAAAAAAGAGCCAGACAAGUGGAGAAAAGGCAUGUGUUUUAUGUGAAAGUUCUUUCAAGCCAGAAACACAGUAUUGUGCGCACCAGUGUACUGACUGUGACAAGGUUUUCAAAAGCAAGUCUGACCUCACAGUUCACCAAAAGACCCAUGUAGGGAUAAAAUACUUCAAAUGUGAUAAGUGUGGAAGUGGUUUCAAAUUGCAUCUUAAUUUUAUAAGACACCAGCAGAUAACCUGUAAAAGAACAUCAUAUACGUGCAGGGACUGCAAAAAAUGUUUCACAAGUAAAACAGAACUUGCUGACCACACUUUAGUACACAGAAGGGAAAAACCAUUUAACUGUGCUGCUUGUGGAAACUACUUCAAGACUAAAAUUGGUUUAGCUCUCCAUCGGAGAUCUUGCAUUCAGGCAGUACCUUUUAGGUGCACAGAGUGUAAUGAGGGCUUCAUGCAAGUCGCUGAUCUUACUGCACACAUGAGGCUCCACUUCCAGGAGACUAUACAUAGGUAUUAUGGAAUAAAUCUGCCAGCUCAGCCAAGGUUUAACGAAGUAACGAAUGAGCUUAAAUGUGUUGAGUGUGGGAAGCAUUUUAAACACAAGUAUCGUCUUAUUAAACACCGAUGGGUUCAUUCAAAAAAUAAUGGGAAUAUGUGUGACAGUGGCGGAUCCUUUGAGAGAAAACAGUCUGUUACUGAGCACCAGCAGCUUCAUGCAGGAGAGCAACCUUAUAAAUGUACCAUCUGUAAAUCUAGAUUGCAGACUAAAAAAUCCUUAUCAAAUCAUAAUAGGCUGCACUGUAGCAUGUUUAAAUGUACUUAUUGUAGAAGGAGAUUCCGUAAUGAAAGCAGCCUGAAAUGGCAUGAGUAUGCCCACUCUAAGGAGAAAGACAGGAAAUAGUACAGAGGAAUGACUCCACAUCAUUUAUGAAAUCAUGCUGAUGGUAUCCACACUUGUUUUGUGAAUUUCUUUUUUUCCAAAAUUAAAUAUAUUGACCACCAACAAAUGAGAGAUUUAUAGAUGCAACAUACUUAGUUUUGGACUCUGAUUAUAUAUGAUGUGCCACUGACGCGACCUUGGAGUGUACUUAUUUUAAAAUUUAACAAGAUAGAUGACUGGUCCGGGGACCCUUUUCUGCCGUAACACAAGCCAAAGUCAAUACAGGAAUAACACUGAUAUAAAAACACACUACUGUGAUUGUACAGCUAAUUAAAACAUUCAUGAUUGCAGUUUAUAGAGAUGAUGUUUGUUACAGAACAUGCUCUUUGUUAAACAGUCUCUUGCUGUUUUACUGUAAGAAGCAAGAUUUUACAGAAAAUGGUCUUGUCAUGGGUAACAUUGAACAGUGUAUCAUGGAGCUUUAAUUCACAAUGGGCUUAAGAAUGUUUUAAAUGUAUUCAUGGGCAGUACUGUAAGAAGCAAGAUUUUACAGAAAAAUGGUCUUGUCAUGGGUAACAUUGAGCAGUGUAUCAUGGAGCUUUAAUUCACAAUGGGCUUAAGAAUGUUUUAAAUGUAUUCAUGGGCAGUACUGUGUAGCUGAGUUGGUUUUCUGUUGCACCAUGGUACAUUAAGACACUUUGAAAUUUGCAUAAUGGAGAGGAGGAUCUGUUUUACUUGUCUUUUACAGGUUUGGUAGUGUAGAUGUUGAGCAGAGAAGUCCUUUGUGUCAGGUAUUGUCAUCUGACAUUUUGCCCUGUUGGUAAGCUACUUUGAUGCACAUUGACAGUAUCAAGAUUUUGGUGGGUUGCAAGCACUCAUUUGGUGCUGGCAAACUUUAAUAGUGUGGCAUUUUUCUGCUUUCAGGUACUGUGAAAUAAACAACAUGGUAGUAGUUUACUGUCAGAAGACCAAUGUUACUCAUUCCAAAUUUGGUAACACUGAUUUCACACUAUCGAAAGUCACAACACUGAAAACUCAAAACAUAAAACAAGAAAGUCCCUACUGCUGCAGACCCAGGAACAAGUGCUAACAUUGGUCCCAAAGGAGAGGCGGGGCAAGUCUUGGGGUUUGGUGUACUGUGUUUCCAGUGUUGUGACUUUUGAUAUUGUGAAGUUAAAGUUAACAGAUUUGGUACAGGUAACGUUUGUCUUCUGUAGUGCAGCAUUGUUUUUGAGAUUUUAGGUAAGUGUUUAAACUGAGGUCCUGUGUACUGUUAAAUUCAACCACACUUGUGAAAAAAUAAAUGUAGAUAUCUUAGUUCUCUAGAUAGAAUUUAUGAGCUCCCAGUUUCUUCUUGCUGGUUAACAAUUAUGAAUAUACCAACAAACCUAAAUUUUUUGAGUUCCAGAAAAUACAUAUGGGCAGUACUCAGACCAAGUAUAAGAAGUGAUGAUUGGGUGAUGUCAAUAUUGGAUUUCUGUAAAAUGUAGCAAAAUAGGGCUUGACUGCUUCUUGAAAAACAUCCUUGCCACUUUUGUAAUAAAGUCCCACAGUCUUGGUUGAAGCCACAAAUAGUACAACAAACUAUGCUGCCUUGUUGAGGAGGUUAAACUGAUCCUAACUGCAUUGUGCUAUAUCUGUGGUCUUGUGUUUAACCAUUCUUUCAAUAGCUCUUUUUCCCCAUUGGAGUUGAAGCAUUGUAUUAUAGAAGAAACUAGAGUUUAGGGGCCACAGUAUGUUAGACUAUUCUAAACAUGCAGAAGUUGUUUGUUACUGCAUCUUUAUGUAUUUCUUUACUGAAACUGACAAAACUCAAAACAAAUGUGGUUGAGAAAAUGGCACAUUAAGUCAACAGCAACCCAAGCCCAUGACAAGAGUAAAAGCAUUCAGCUUGGGCCCAAAUAAACUAACAUGUUCAGUCUCACCUUAAAAUGCUGUAAUGUAGGACACUGUAGAAAUGCCAGAGAGAUUGGUGUUGAUUCUGGGCACCUUGGGGAGCUGUUAGGGGAACUGAAAAAACAUUCUGUUAAGUCUUUCAGAGGUGUGAAAAGAGAAGUAAGUAGUCACUAGGCAGAAAGAUACAGUAUGGCUGAGGAAUUCGCAAGAGUAGGGACCGUUAGCAUUAGUCUUUGAGGCUAGCUUUGAACUUGUCUCCAGAAUGGGGCAGGAGAAGGGUAAAUAGACUUGUUCUACCCACCUAUCACCUGACUCCAUCAGGCCAGCUGAAAAAUAGUCUUCCUUAUUAACAGGGACUAAAAGCUCCCAAGAUAGUCUUGUCACUUUCUUAAGAAGUCGGAAAGGAGGUGCUAGAAUGCCUGCCAGGCACGUUCACACAAAAAGAAUAUCCCAUAUUUCAUAAAACUGAGACUGGCUACCAAGUCUAUUGCCCUGCUAACUGAGAAUACAGUAUACUUUUACAAGAGUGUUAGCACUGCUGGUGGUUCCUACAAGCCUCCGAGCCAACUUCCUGCAAGUCCUGCUGUGUAAAUAUACCUUUGAACUGCCACUCUCCUUAAGAAUUGCCUAAUUACCAAGGGCUUUAAACAUCUUUCAGUAUAUAAUGCCCUUGCAGACUGAACUUCCUGUUUCAGCUGUGAAUUUAAUGAAAGCUCAUUCUUACACGGAGCUUUACUUGUGGUAAAGCCAAAAUAUCGUAAUUGCCAUAUGUGCAGCCAAGACAUAAUGGUACAACACAAAAUGAAUGCCCAACCAUGACUUAAUUAUUCCUAUCACAUUUCUCAGACCUUCUCUUUCAUAAAGGAUGUCAGAAGACCUGGAGAUUAACUAAUUGCUGUUUAGAGAAUCGGCUACCUGUAGAGGCUAAGCAGCACUUUUGCUGUUUAGCAAGUGUAAAAUUUAAAAACAAUAAACAAGUGUGUGCAUA